GUCGUAAUGGAAACACAUCUCUGCUCCAUCGUGGGGCGUGGUUGAAACUGCUUUGAGCUUUGAAUUGGAGAGCCAAGACGCUCGAUAUUCGGUCCCUGGUCCACGGCGUCAGAGGACCCCGCUCUAAGAUCUUCUCUCUCAACGUUGAGCUCCAGUGGUUGGACAAGAGCCCGAGCAUCCGCAGAUACUCCAUUGAGGUAGAGGAAUCUUUGCGACACCGAUGUUCUUGUCGCUGCAUCUCGACGUUACUGCUCCCUCAACCAUAAUAAAUGCCGUCAUGCCACCAAAUCUGAAGCUGUUGAAUACCGAAAUCUUCUCUCCGUCACUUUCACGUUCCGUCCCAUAAACCGCAGCCAGAUAAACAUAAACAAGCAUGCCAGUCAAAUCACCCUUUGAGUCUUCGGUUGCAAAGGCUGGACAAGGCGAGGUCGUCCUCUCGCUCCUCCCUCCUGCGAAUCCUUCUCUGAGUACCCUUACCUACAAAUACCCCCUCAAGCUCCUCACGCGCACCCCUGGCUUCGUACCGCAGUCCGUAUCAUCGUCCGCGUCUCAGCCGGUCCAUCUAUACCUUCUCACAUACGGUGGGGGCCUCCUUCCAGGCGACCAGAUUGAUGUUUCGAUAACCCUCGAGCCGCGGACCAGAAUGGUCGUCACGACACCGCAAGGAAGCACAAAAAUAUUCAAGACGGAAACAACCCCAGGUCGAACAUUAUCAGACCAAAGCCGGCAAACGUUAGACGUCCGCAUUGGCGAAGAGGCCGCGCUGUGUUACCUGCCUGACCCAUCAGCACCAUUCAAAGACAGCCGCUACGAGCAGAUCCAAACAUUCACAGUCAACAGCACAACUAAGGACUCGUCCCGAAGCAGCCUCUGUGUCUUAGACUGGGUAACGCAGGGCCGCGUCUCACGAGGUGAGAACUGGGACUUCCAUUUUUGGAAGGGAAAGAACGAAGUAUGGCUACAUGAUGAACCUACAGCCCCCUCUGAUCCCGGCAGAGACGACAAGAAGAAGAAGCUCUUACUCCGCGAUUCGUUAAUACUCAAUGACGAAACCGCCAGUACCACCGCCACUCAAGGACAAGAGCAGACACAGGCAAAUAACCCAGCAAAAGCUCUGGUUCGCGAGCGCACAAGCCCCCAUGGGGUAAUUGGCACUUUAAUCCUCUACGGUCCCGUCUUCGAAAGGCUCUCCUCUUUCUUUGUUGACAAGUUCACGUCUCUCCCACGCAUAGGAGCGAGGAAUUGGUCCUCCUCCGCCGCCCCGGCUGUGGAAGCACCCGAGAACUAUGACUCCCGGGUCACAUUUACGGCGGCGCGCGUGCGAGGCGGUUUUGUCCUUGUUAAGUUUGGCGCAGCCGAUUUUGAGACGGCGAAGGAUUGGCUGGGUGGGGCUCUGAGGGAGGAGGGCAGUGUUGCGAACGAGUUUGGAGAGGAGGCGUUAUCUUGUCUAUGAGGGACGGAUAGUACUUUUAUUUAUUUCUUUUCAUUUCAUUUUCGCCCUGUUCUACCUGCCUAGGCUGCAAGAUUUUGUACGAGAUACAGUCUAUUUUCUACCUUCGUGAUACCCAGAACCAUAGGUUUUACAUCUGCCUUCUAUUUAAACCAUGAGUAUCUAAGUCCUAUCUAAUUCCUAGUAACUUAUUCUCUAAA